CGCCGUUGUUACACGAGACUGAGACGAUCUUCAUUUUUCACAUCCUCCUUAGACGAUACUCCUGCUUCUGUCCUCAUUUAGCCAGAAAGGGUAUAAAAGACAACCGCAGCUUCGACAAGAAAAUAUUAUUUUCAAAUUCCCGCCUUAGAAGCCACACCAAAACUGUCUUCUUGUAACAAUCUUCCCUAUUCUUUAGUAUCAGAAUUUAUGUCUUCAGCAUCUUCAGCAAGCGGAGGGGGUUUGUCAGCUUUGGUUCAAGCUUAUAAGAACAAUAGCGAAGCCGGGGCCCAGGCUGCAGUGUCGCAAAGCAGCGACCAGAGCUUCGGAUCGCAAACACUAUCACAGCUGGAUAAAAGCGUUAGGUCGGCCUUUGAGCCUGGAGCAGCUCUUGUGCAGAUCAGUUUUAUGCGCUCUUGCCCAGAUCACCUCGUUUAUACCAACGGGCAUAUUGAGCCGGUGACAGAUCCAAUGAAACGCGCUUGGGUGUUCAAAAACAGAGAGGCUUUCCUGGCAAACCGAGUUAUUCACUCUUUGGAUGACCAAUCAGUUCUUAUGUCUGAUGAAGAUUACGAAGCGGUCAGAAAACUCGUUUCCGCGGCUAUGGUGGACACAGGCGAACAGGCGUCUAGAGUUAUACAAGACUAUUCUAAAGCACUCGAGAGUUUGGAGGAGGCAAGGAGGCGCCAAUUGGCAACCAGUCAGGACUCCAAGUUCGCUUUAGAUCUGUCGAAGCAGCCUUACUCAAUGCGAAGACAGACGAAACCCAGUUGGCCUAGGGACGAUGCAAGCAGAGCAUUCUGUUCAUGGGCAUGGAGGCAAGUACACGAGGAGCAUUCAAGAGUUCCUGGAACCACUGUGUCGCUGUCCCUGGAAAAUUCAGACUUAGACUUAGCACCAUUCACUACCGAUAACGGGCGUCGACUUAGAAGCCGCUUACAAGAAUCUGCUAAGCUAUAUUGGAAUGCUCGAGAGAUUGAAGACGAGUGUUUCAACUCCAGCGCUAUGCCCUUGAAGUAUGUACACCUUCAGUCGCAUGGAUACAAGGAGGACGACGAUUCUGUUCGUUUCCAACGGACCGAUCACCACCUUAUGCAUCUUUGGCGCAGCGAUGUGCUGCUGACUAGCCUAGCAACUGGAAGAUCACUCACCGCCGAUGAGACCUGGUCAUUAAUACCUCUGUCACUUUACCAGGACUUCAUCCAACACCAAUCUAAAUCAAGGACUAAUUUCAACGAGAGGAAAAUCACGAGGAAGAAGCCGACAAGCUUCCUCGCUUUGAAUGAUCCAGAAUGGCGGAGCUGGUUUCAGGAAAUGGUCACCAUAUCCCAUGGAAAGAAACGUUUCCUAACUAUGUCUGAACUGCCUACCAGCGGCCAUGAGAGUCUUUUCAAUGCUGUCAGGGAUAUUCGAGCAGGGAAAGGCAAGCGCUUCAUCAGAUCCCGGUAUGGUGAGGAAUCAGAACCUUUGACCAUUCAAAAGUAUCUCGAGGACAUCGAUCCUUUGCAGCGAUUCAUGGAUGUCAAUAAAUCAUUGGUGUCAAGUAGCCUCACGGACGAUGAAGUGGUGUCUCGUCUUCCACCAAAGGCUUACCAUCGUUGGAAAGAAAUAAGUGGAGCUAAUGAGGGGUUGUCCAUCAAGGAGAUGAUUCGCGAUUCCUAUAAGGUAGAGAGAGAGUUACGAGAGUGAGAGGAGGAGUGAGAGGAAGCAGAGAGAAAGACAGGGAAAUAGUUUUGGGGUGUCGAGGAGUGGAAGUGAGAGAAGAUGGAGAGGGGGAGGGGAGAAGGACCUUGCACAGAUGAAUUAAGAAAGAGAGAGGUGAGAGGGGAGGGCGCAGGGAAAGUGUGAGGAAGAUUCGUCAGCUCGUAAAGCUCAAAAGACAUAGAAGGAACGGCCCAUCAAGCAAACAAUGCAUCACCGAAAGCAGCUUAUGCUUUUC